AUGGUCACAAUCUUCCUUUCCAUCCUACUGAGCGCCACAGCACAGAUCCUCUAUGACCCCGAUACCAACAUUGUGCUUUGCCGCCAGAAUGGUGGAAGUUACUGCCUUCACGGCUCGCUCAAGGGGCCUACUCUGAUUAGUUGUGCUUCGAAUGUGUCUGUCGAGAUUUAUCCCUGUAACAUCCUGCUUUCUAAGGUGCUCCCAGAUGAGUACAAGCAAGCUGCGACCUGUCAUGAAACUUCUCCCUCGGCCGGCGACGCUCUCUGCGCCUUCAACGGUACCGGCUACGUUCUCUCCAGCCCCGUUCUUCCGGUUUCCGUUCCCGACACUCUCCUCUGUGAGGACACUCAACAGUUUGGACAAGGAGAAGCUCCCAACGUUAGUAGCACUGCUGUUGUCUACGGACCGUCUACCUCUCCCCAGAAAGAUUGGCCUUCAAAUUCUGUGCCACGACUUACGCGCACUUCGACCGCCUACACUACCAUCACAGUCAUCGCAUUGAGCACAACCUUGGAAGUCCCUACAGCCACCUCUACCACCAAUCCCACUCUGUUUAAACGAAACUAUCCCUGUCCAAACCCACGCACCGAAUCCUCUUCGACCGAGUGGCCUACCCCCACCCCCGUGAGUCUCCAUGAGCUGGCUGAACUCUCAACUCCCGAAGCAUCCCCCUCCCUAACCUCCACCCGUCACCUGUCCACCUCCACUUCGACAAUCUACAUGUACAAAGGCUCCGUGGUCCCUGCAACCUUCUCUCCGCAGGAAACCGGCACUGCUAGCCGCAUCACGGUGGUUAUCACUUUCACCGCCAAGGCGUCAAAAACCACCGUCACUGAUGAGAGCCCCGACCUCACUACGCUGACAGGCAGUCAUUCCCCUACCCAUAAAGGGGUGGUAAAUUCCGGCUCCGCGGAGGUGGUCACGGCGUCCCUGUGGGUAUUGGGUUGCAUCAUGGUCUGCAUGGCGCUUAUCUGCCUGUGGAUGAUGUGGGACGACGACUGA